AUCGCCGUUGCAGACGACAUUUACAGGGAAAAAGACCCAGCUGGAAUCGAUAAGAAGCUGAAAGAAAUCAGCAGUAAAGGAUCAUCAGCGAUGCUGCAGUUGUUGAUUUUGCGCAGUACUAGUGAGGGAAUACCUGAGAAGAUGCGAGAACAAGCGGAAGUCAACGUUUUGC